UGCGAUACGAUUGCCUUGGAUACGGACGCUAUAACAUCAAAAUAGUAAUUUAAAUACGGUAGAUUUUAGGCGAAAUUUGAGAAGACAGGUGAACUUGUGAUAUAGACCGUGUUUAAAAGCAUUCGUAGCUCCUUUAUCCAUGGAUUAUUUUCCGAAUAUUAAACCAAAACGCAAGGGUAAAUCUUCACUCAAGUACCUCGGCGAUUCAGAUGUUAUUCUUGAUUCGGAAGGCAGUGAAAUUCGAGGUGAGAUGCACAGGUCUUUGCGUUCAACAAUGAAUGGCCAUCGACGUCCUUUGAGCGCCGAGAGUUCCAACUGCAGUUCAGUGGAUUUCAGACGUUCCGAGACUGAUCUGAAGUUUCUCAAGGAACCUAUCAUACGGCCAGUAAGAGAGGAAGCCGGUAGAUUUCGAAAUAGUACCGGUGAAUUUCCACGCGGUAGCAAGACAGAGAAACUUCAUAAUUUUCUCAAAGAUCUGGAGUCUCAGCCCGAAGAAGACAAUGUUCAAAUUUUGCGAGAAAAACUAAAUCGUUUGCAGCAAGACAAAGAAGCGCUAACAUUACAGUUAACUCACUACAGAGAAAAGGCAGAAAUGGCAUCGACUGAUUUGGCGGGUGAGAAGAUAAGAACGUCGACACUUCAAGACGAGGGGAGAGUUUGUCAAAUGAAAGUUUCAGAGAGAGAACAGAAAAUAACUGAUCUAAAGUGCGAGAUUGAAACUCAAAAACAAAAUGGCGCGAGGCAGACUGCGCUCAUCCAGUCGUUACGUCAUCGCCUUCAAGAAGCUGAAGAGGCGAUCGACGCCAAAGAGAAUGCCGCUUCACGAGGUGACGUCACCAUUGCGUCAUUGAAGAAGGAAAUGCAAGCUCAGCAAGAUCGACUGCAGCAAGCGGAAACAUCAUUGAAGCGAAGAUUGAAUGAAGAAGAGAACGCUGCCAAAAAGGCGCUCUCGUGGAAAUCCAAGUAUCAAGAACUGCGGGAUCAACUUAGCGCGACGCUUCGUGUUGAUCUAUCAGAAAGUAACUCUGAGUCAAUAGCUCUUCUUAUGAAGAAGGUGAACGACUUAGUUCGAGACAGACAAUCACUGAAGGAAAAGACGAAAAGUUUGUCCAAUAAUCUGCAAGAAAAUGAUAUGGAAUCUAAAGCGAGCAGAGAGACCAUCAUGCGCCUGGUCGCGGAGGUUGGUGACGAGAAAAAGCAGGCGGAGAAACAUCAGCAGUUGAUAGUAGAUUUAACACGGGAUAAAGACACCUUGGAGCAGAAAGUCCGGGAACUUGAAAUUGAUCUGGAGAACUCAAGGAAUAAAAUGAAGACAAGCCAAGAAGCCUGGGCUCUAACCCGGGACAAUUUGCACGACAGAGAGGAAAGAUUGAAUUCCCUGGAACAGUCGCUGGAAACUACGAAGUACUCUGAGCAGUCCGCACAGACUAAGCUCUCGAAAUUUCUCGGCCACCUGUCGGAGAUAAUAAGAUGCGAAGAAUCGGAAGCUGACGUUUUACAUCAUGUGAAACGUUUGUCGAAAGGCUCUCGCGAUGUGAACGCAAAAGUAGAAAGCCUGCAGAUUAAACUCCGCAAUGCGAUGGAGGAGUUGGAAGGACAGCAGAAUAUCUGCAGAACAACAUUGAGAAGAGCUGUUGAGGCCGAGAGUCAAAUCAAAGAUAUGAAGGAAAGAAGUUCAGGACUCGAAGGAGAGUUGUUUUCAUCAGAUGUUGAACGCGACCAGCUCAGAGAGGACAGAAGAAAGUACAUGAUAUUCUGCGAGAAUUUGGCGCAAACGAUGAAAUUAGAUGAGAUUGCUCAGGAUGCUGGCCUUGACGUGAAUGGCGAAGCUUUACUGGCCAGAGCCAAACAGUUGGUGAAACUCGAGAGUGAAGCUCUGAAUGACCGAAGCAGUGCGAUCUACAACCUGCAGCGAAAGCUAAAAUGGUUCAAACAACAAGCGCAGAGCAAAGACUUGCAGCUUGGUUUGCUGCAGAAAAAGAUAUCCAGUUUGGAGGACACGGCCAGGGACAAAAGCCGCGUCGAAGUGGAACGUGACGAGUCUUCCGUCAAAUUCAAGAAGCUUCAAAAGCAGUGCGAUAAAUAUCGCGGGGAGUUAUUGCAUAAUCAGCAACUCGUUACGGAUCUCAAAGCACAACUCUUGGAAACGAGCGAACUAAAGCGAGAAAACAUGGAACAAAGCCAGAAAUUGGACGAUCUUGAGCGCCUAGUAAGCAAGCUCGCAAAAAGCAAAGAAAGAACCACUAGGCAACUGCACGGAAUGAAACGUGAUCUUCACCACAACGAAACUGAGGCGAAGGAGGAGAAAGCAAAGACCAGCAGCAGUAUGACACAACUCAUGGUCGAACUGAACAGCAUCAAGGAAACUUUGCAAGAGACACGGUCUAGAGAGAAACAGCUUCUCGACUUCAGACAAGUGCUAGCGAAGUUAUUGGGUCUGGAUGUGAACAGCCUUGCAGUACCAGAUUUUGAGAUCAUCUCUCGUCUGGAGCGUCUCGUGCAGGCACAUCACGCACACACCGUCACGACGCACAGCCUGGAAACUAGUCUCCAGGACAUGGACUCGCGCUACAGAGCUGGAUACGAGGAUGCCAUGGCCAUAUUGAAAAAUCCAAGAACUUAAACCAUUUUGAAUGUUAGAAACAAACUGGGAAGGUUUCCAAAGAUAAAAAUAUAAAAUAUACGUAUGUACUGUUAAAAAUGCACGUUUUAUCGCGUUUUACAAAGCAACAGACCAUAAAUGGUUAUCAAUUCUUGAGAUAAAUGCAUGUUUACACAUUAGGAAUCUAGAAAAUUAAUUGAACUACAUAUUCGCAAAUAAAGGAGGGGAUCGGAUUAAGUUUCCAACCUUACGUGCGGGCAGACCGCUGUUUGUUGUAAGAUAUUCAUGGGAAACUAGGGAUAUAUAUGACAUGAACAGUGAUGAAUAGCUACGUUUGUCUUCGUUUUGCCACAAUCAAACGGUACAAUUAGCUGUAUACGAUCGUCUUUUAAGGCGGUUUUCCACUAGCGAUAUAUUUUUCGCGCGAAGCGACUUUAUUCCUUUGUAUUUGAGCAAUUUGUUCCAGAU